CUGAACGAGAGCCGCUACAAAGAAAAUGUCUGGACGCGGAAAGACCGGCGGUAAAGCUAGAGCCAAGGCCAAGAGCCGCUCCUCGCGCGCAGGACUGCAGUUCCCAGUUGGUCGUGUCCACAGGCUGCUGCGUAAAGGCAACUAUGCGCAGCGCGUGGGAGCCGGAGCCCCCGUCUACCUGGCGGCUGUGCUGGAGUACCUGACCGCUGAGAUCCUGGAGCUGGCUGGAAACGCUGCUCGCGACAACAAGAAGACCAGGAUCAUCCCGCGUCACCUGCAGCUGGCCGUGCGCAACGACGAGGAGCUCAACAAGCUGCUGGGCGGAGUCACCAUCGCUCAGGGCGGCGUGCUACCCAACAUCCAGGCGGUCCUGCUGCCCAAGAAGACCGAGAAGCCCGCCAAGGCCAAGUAGACCCCGAUACCCCCCCACUGCAAAACACACACACACAACGGCUCUUUUAAGAGCCACACACUCCUCAACAAGAGACCAGUUCCUCUUUUAAUCUUAACUAGUUGGACAAGAAAUUAUAAACAAGAUACAUUUAUUUUCAUUAUCAAGCAUUUACACUACAUAAUAAAACAUUAUUCACAUUUAAUACAUGGAAAAUAUCAACUACAUGGAAUCCUUAGAAAGUUUCUAAUAACCUGCUUUAAACCAAUAAAACAUCUAAACACAACGUCACUGACCAGCAGCAGAAAGGGAUGGACCAGAGAAAUAACAGCAUGAUAACCCAGAAAUAAAUCAUCUUUGUAUUAGUACAAAGAAGUACAACCACAUUAUCUAGAUGUUAAUGAACUAUCCUUUUAGAAAAUAUUAUGACGUUUCA